AUGAAGGAUAACUCGGAGGUCCGGGUGACGACACGAAGGCUCAGUAGAACGUUGAGUGUCCGGUCGACAAACUACCAGCCCGUGAACUGGAGACGGUUGUUCUUUGCCCCAAAGUAUCUGGUCUGGUGGAUCAUCGGCAUCAUUGUCUUCGUCAUAAGCAUCUUCCUUACUGUUUACCAUCAUAAAGUCGUCCAUUACCUUCGUCCAUGGUCAGAAAAGGUUCGUGACUUGCCGGCGGGGUGGGUAAUACCCAUUGUCAUUCUCAUCAUUAUAUCCUUUCCGCCACUAUUCGGUCAUGAAUUAGUAGCGCUGCUAUGUGGCCUAGUGUAUGGGCUGUGGAUCGGAUUUGGGAUUGUUGCGGCUGGGACAUUUCUCGGGGAACUUGGCACUUGGUUCGCCUUCACAUACCUCUUCCGUCGACGAGCCAUCAAACUUGAGCGAACGAACCUCAACUACGGCGCACUCGCCCGACUAACCCGCGAUGGCGGCUUUUGGAUCAUAUUCAUAAUUCGCCUCUCCGCCAUCCCCUCCCACUUCUCAACCGCCGUGUUUUCCACCUGCGGCGUGCGCUUCUGGUCCUUUGCCCUCGCCACAUUCCUCACUCUCCCGAAACAAAUCUUUCUAGUCUACCUCGGUACACUCCUUGUGGAAACUGACCCAUCAGGAAACCAAAACAAGAAAGAAGACCCAACCACGACGAUAAUCAAGGACGUUGUCUUUGGCGUCGUGUUUGUUGUCACUGUCGUCAUGGCGGGGUACAUUUAUGUGCAUAUGCGACGAGUGAAGAAAGUGUUACUUGCUGAACAGGAAGAGAGGAGAAUCAGAAAGGAGGAGGAGGCUUUGGCAAGGGCAGCAGCUGGAUCAGAGGUGGUUCUUCCUCUUACGGUGAAUGGUGAUGACGUGGAAGUUGACAUUGAGGCUGCAAGAAGUUCGAUGUCAAGCACUAGGACUCCUCAACAGGGUUCGGGCGAUCCUGGGGGACUGUUGGUCCAGCUUGGGGGUGGCGGAUCAGGCCCGAACGCACGGGAUGGGUCGUUAUCGGCCGUCGUGGCUUCCAUACGCCGGGAGUCGGGGUACGACCCCAUUGAGCAGGAGGAAAACAGGCUGGCUGUGGGAGGGAAUGCUGUACCGGCGAGCUUAGCCCCGAGCCGAGCAGAUCCGUUGACAUCGCCGUUUUUGUGGAGGCUGUAUGACAUUCAGGAGGAGGUUGGGAGGGACAGUCGGUAA